UUAGUUCACAAAGGGUAUCUCCUCCCCAUUAGCCUAAGUUGAUUCUGUGUGAAUUCACUAACAAUUUCAUUGACCAAUUCAUACAUAAGUUAUCUCCUAAUCCUUCUUGGUUUAUUUUUUGCUGUAACGUACAUGACGUAUUGUACCCAGAAUACAUCACCUCCCAAGAUAGAGGGAGCCUGGAACUCAACUAAAGAUCACUGUCGCUGAUCGUUCAGUUUUCCUGUGCGAAACAGAGUGCAGAUAGAAACCCUCAAAUAAUUACAAUUUUGCGACAGAUAUGGCUGCUCAAGCAUCAGAAGUCGAUAAAAGAAGCAGUUCUGCAUCCGAUAUGUCAAAUGUACAAAUUGACGAAGAAGUGAGUGUACCAGAUGUCGAAGUGAAGCAUUCUCCAUUUCAGUCGCAACCCAACCUUCGAACCGGCGUGCUAACCAGUGAAGAAGUGAAAGAACUCGGUGAUAAAAUGAGGAAAGAACAGGCCAAGAAGUAUUUUUCACUCAGGGAAGGGGCAUUUGCUAAUGCUGUGGAGGAGUGCAAGGCCUCUUUGGAUGCAUAUGACGGAGAACUUCUCAGUUCAUGGCUAUUGAGCGAAAUUGACCAUUGGGAUCUUGAGAAAGAAAGAAUUGUCUUAAUCACAGAGAAGAGCCUUUGUCUUGUCAAGUACAAUUUUAUUGGACUGAAAGUUAAUGAGAUGAGGAAGAUUCCACUGAUAAGAUGUGAUAAGAUUCAGAUCGGCAGAUUUGUGUAUCCAAAGACCACAAUGAUGAUUCCACGUCACUUCCAAACUGGUUUACGCGUCUACUUUGGCAAAAACACAAUACCCAGCUUUCUCCAGAACUGGAAUCCAUGGUCACACGAGGUGCCCUUUGUCACUUUCUGCUGGCACAAAGGGAAUGAUGUCGUAAGUGAUCUGCCCCCGCAUAUGCAGCUUGAUCCGUUUCAGGAGUCUCUAAUCCAGGCCAUUACCGAUUCCCACAAUACCCUUCAGGAGGGUGUGGCACAAGACUCUCUCGAGAUUGAGCAUAAUGAGCCUAUCAUGAUUGAAGUGUAUUGUGGGAUUUCAUCCAUAUUUCACAACUACGGCAUCCUUGGUUUCAAUCGUGAUCGCGGAAAGUUUGGAUUUUAGGACACUUUGACUCUAAUAGCUGUGAAUAGUAUUGGUUCUUAAUAGUAGAUCAUUUGUUUGAACUGUGGAAUUUCCCUCUCAUGCUGCAAAUAUGUUAUAGCAAACCAGUUAAAAUCUGGUUUUGUCAGGAAGUCCUAUUUAUUUUCUCUAAAUUUUAACAAAUCGUGAUAAUGUUGAGGUGAAGUACAUAGCGCAGGAACUUGACCUAGGCUUCUCGGUAAGAAUCAGGUCAACAGGGCGGGUUCACUAUCUUAGUUGUUCCGGUAGGUUCGUGUGGGUAGACGGGCUGUCCGGCUGAUCGAAAUCUCGGAAAUAGGCCAGAAAUCUCCAACAGGUAUACUCCAGUAAGGUUACUGAGGUAAGCCUCAAACAUCGUCAUUUGUCCCUCACGGCCACCUAGCUGUACCUUCCUAUUUGAACAGGUGACAAAAUUUAUUCCGUUUGUCUGGCCAGCCCGGUUUUCUAGGCUCACCUGAAGAGACCUUGAGAAGGACAUCACAAACGUCUUUACAGACUGGUAGCAUAGGCUAUGUCUUACUGCAUGAAGAGCCAACAGACCACUGCUUUUGCUGCAUGAGCGCGAAGGACUUCGAUAGUUCUCUUGAUGAUGAUUAUAAUAAUAUGAUAAUAAUAAUAAUAAUAAUAAUGCAAUAAGCAAAGCGAAGAUUGGAACAGUUAUAUUCUUGAGAAAUAUCUCUGUAUACUAAAUAUUAAUUAAUUAACGAUUCAAGAUGUUUGAUGAUUGUAUAAUUUUAAACUCGUGCGAGUUGU